GAAGGAAACCGCGCAAAAUUAAGUAAACAUACCCUCAAAAAAGACUGUUGCAUGACCUUGCAUGUUCAGUUCCAUGAAACUAGAUUAGUCAUAUAGAAAUCACAUGUUUUGUAAUGUAUUUACUUUUUUCAGCAAUUUGCUGAGUGAUCAGUUUACAUCAUAUUGACUGUGGGUCGAGUUACUAAUCCUUUCAAGCCCUUUUCCUAUUAUGUCUGGAAUUCCGUUGAUGCCUUCCAGUGGAUUCGUUAGUUUGAAUAUGCAAGGCGUGCAAUUGUUUGUCAACCAAUAACGGAGCGGUAAACAUCUUUGCUAAAAAACGUGCGUCUUCAUCAUAGUUUAAAACUGGAGCAUGACUUUUCAUGAUGGAUCUCUUGGAAGACAGCUUCUCACUCCUUAAAAAUACUGGUGCAAGGUCUUCUAUGGCGUUGGGAGAUGAAUCGUUUCGUGAAAAUGUCCAAGAACUGCUUAAACUGCUCUCUGCGAUCAGGAGACACUCUACCGAAUCUCAGGUCGAGGAAUACAUGAGUUUGCUUGCUGACAGCUUCCACGAUGAGGUUGAUGUCGUUGUGGAGGCGUUGGAAACGGGACAGGCUCUGGCUACAGUUCUCUCAGCAAUGAAGCUUCAUUUCCGGAAUUUCAAAAUUCAGCUGCAUGGCUGCUAUGUCCUGUUACGACUUGUGGAGCUAAGCCCGAGAAUAAAGGGUGAAUUUCAAGGCAAACCUGACGACUUAAAGUUUCUUCUGCAAAUUAUGUCUAAAUACGCUGAUAAGACUUGUCAAGUGGUUGGCUGUAAAAUUAUUUCCAAUUUGUGCACUUCUACAAGGACAAGACGAGAUGCUGUUUCAAAUGGAGCAGUAGGUUCUGUGCUGUAUGCUAUCAGCCAGUUUGGCGAAGAGGAAGAAUUUUACAUUCCAGCGUUUGAAGCGUUAACUUGUCUCCUUGCAGACGACCUGAAAGUUAAGGAGAACUUCAUAAACAUGGAUGUCCAAAAUUCACGGAAAAAGGCUUAUCGUAUGUUAGUAGAUAUCAUGGAAAAGUAUACAAAUUCUGGUAAGCUUUUUUUUAAUUUUAAAAGAGUUCCCCUUUUUCUUGGAAAGGUAAAAGAUGGAAUAUAAAUAUAGAAGCAUGAAAUACUAUACAAGUUAACAUUAUUUAAGUCCAGAAUGGUCUCCAUAGCUUGACCUCAGCAAAGAGAUCUUUAAAGGAAGAGGAAUGGGCUUCCUUUCUUUUUAAGGUUAUCUUUGGUUUACUUUAUACUGUAUGUACUCUAGUUGUUUUCCCUUCAGCGGUCAAAACCCUUUUGAAUUAAUCAUGGGGUAUAAUUGAUUAUCUAAACAAUAAACAUUUAAGCUAAAUGUUUGCACAGCCUCACAAAUGAACACGCCCCAGUUGUUCAAAAGGUGAAUAACGCUAUCCACUGGACAAAUCACUAUCCAGUGGAUAACGCAAUAAUAAAAUUGGUUUCCACAAAACCUCUCCACUGGAUAGCGAUUUACGCAGGGUCCUAGUGGAUUUUGCUCUCCACCAUUUGAACAACUGGGUGGGUGUUGGGAAAAUUCGAGACACUUCAUUUGGGAUUUGCAUAAGUUUCGAGAGAGCUCCCAACCCGUUGAGUGUUUAUAUGAGGGUAUCAAACACAGAGAAAAGAGGCAUUCCAUUGUUUUCAUGAAUAAUUUAACAAAUUGACAAAGUGCAGCACUACUCUUCAUUACAGGCACUGAUGAAAGGAAUAUACUUACUAGUUGCGAAUGUUGUACAUGUUACAGGUCAAAAUAUUAUAUUCUAGGUUGAUUCGCUAUCUCCUUUGUCUCCUAGCCCUACAGGAAAUUGAGAAUCAGCCUGAGGAUUUGACCUCUGAUAUGUAUGCAUAAUCAGUUCUUGUUAUGCAGAAAGAUGUCAUCAAAAUACAGAUUUUUCUUGCUCUCAGUUUAUGUUGCGAAUUUUCAAUUUAUUGGGCCAUCUUGUGAACUUUCCAUUUCCAUUUUUUUUUCAAAUCAAGCUUAGAUAUUUUAGGUUAUGAUAUGACCCUAACCCUAACCCUGGUUUACUUUUGCCUGUUUGGUGUUGGUAUAUGCCAAGUGCUAGCUCUUUUUUGGGGGGAAAUAUAAUUAAAUAGACUGAAUCUAAUUAGAUUAAUGAAAGUGGUAUUAACAACUUGCUCUAGUCUGUCCAUCCUGAAAGUUUCAUAAUUACAUGUAUGAUAAAUUAUUUAUUUAUUCUUUUUAAUGAUCUCUUAAUAUUUUUUCUUUAUAACUAUUUUCCCUCCACUUCUGCAGCUUUUACCCUCGUAGGCUGUAAAAAGGGGGUUCUUAAUGGAAAUUAAUAUUUGCAUUAAAGAAAUACAUGUUACUGACCAAGCAUGAAGUUAAGAUGGCUGAGUAUUGGCCAUGCAAGGUCUUUUUAUAUUUUUAGGGACCGAGUCAAAAAGAAAGAGGCCAGUGUCCAGCUAUGUUAACAGCAGUAUUGUGGUCUCUAAAAGGUUUAUUAUGUGGCCAAAAGAUUGCACAAUAUGAGGGAACAAAGUAGGCAAUUAGUAGCAGGCAAGAUAACGCCAUCUGCUUCAUCUUGUCCAACUUUGAUGUAACUAUUCCUUGCUUAUUAUGAUUUGUCUUUUUGGUUAAAGGAGACAUCCAAGAGCGAGGAAUUCAGCUGAUGUGUGUUCUUGCAGCUUCAAUAGCAAACUGUCGGAUCAUUGUAAAGGGGAGAACCUUUAUUGUGGCUUUAGAAGCUAUGAAGAAGCAUAAAGAAUUCCUUGGUGUACAGGCUGCAGGCUGCCAUCUUGUGAGGCUUUUAGCAGCUCUAGAGCCUCACAGAGAGAUUCUUGUUCAACAGAAUAUCGUUCUUCUUAUCCUGCGGGCCUUACGUCAGUUUAAAGACAGUAUUGAUGUUCAUAUUAAUGGUUUUGCUGCUUUAGUUCAGCUAACAGAAGCACUAGCAGACAAAGUGCAUGACAGUAAGUAACUUAUUGUAACUGUCUAGUUGUACGUCCUGGGUGAGGGUUUUUGUGUUAUUUGUUUUUGCUUGUAUCCAACUGCAGGGCUUCAAAGAAGAGUAAAGGCAUAUAGAAAACAAGAAUGCUCUCGGUAGCAGUGAGUCAUUCAGUCUUGCUUGCUUGGAGCCUGGAGGGAUGGGGGGGGGGGGGGAUUUGGGAAUUUUUGGUUUGGGGGUGGGCCGUUGGGCCCUGGGACCCCUUGGCCUAUCCCAGAGCUGGUUAAUCGAAAUUUUUCCUUUUUCUAAAUUAAUUUCCCCAAACCCCCUUAUCUUAGAUUAUAGGUUUUUGGUGUUUAACUACAACAAGCACUUAAAGAAAAAAGGCAGGACAGUAAAUAAUUUUUUUUAACUGUUUAGUUGUCCGUCCGGGGUGGUGGUUUUUUUGUUUUUUUUUUUUGCUUGUAUCCAACUUCAGGGCUUCAAAAAAAAGAAAAGGAAUAUUAAAAAAAAGAAUGCUUUCGGUUGGAGGUAGUCUUUCAGUCUUUCUUUGUUGGGGCCUGGGGGGUUGGGGGGGGGGGGGUACUUAGGAACUUUUGGGUUGGGGAUGUGCCGCUUGGACCCUGGAACCCUUAGCCUAUACCAGAGCUAGUUCAGCUGAAUUUUGCCUUAUACUAGACUAAAUUCCCCAAAUCCCCCUAUCCUAGAGUAGCAGCUUUUAGGCUGAGUUGCGUAAAUUUAAACUUGCCAAUUUGAUGAUUUGAUAUUUUUGAGUGGCAGUUCCCGGUUUCUCUAGUCUAGACUAACAUCUUUAAGCAACUGAUAACUUGCCUGGUAAAUGAUACCAUAUUCUAGACCCAACUCUCUGAUUUAUAUACCCUAUUCCAGAGUAAACUGCUUGAAAACCAUACCCUUCACAGCGGCACAUACCUAUAUAGUAUGGCAUUACCAACCCGGGGCUUGGAGAUAAUUUUCUUGUCAGCUGGUUAUGCUACUUUUUGGAUGGGAAUCUCUAAACAGCCUAGAGGUAUCAAUGGAUCGACUGGAUAUUCUGCUCUUUAUAACUUGUGGUGAUAUAUUUGCCGAAUGCUUAUUAGCUUUGUGGCAUUUAUUUCAGUCACGAGGAUCAAUGCCUCUGUCUUCUAAAUGCCGCCUAUCUAUUAAACAUCCCUGCUUGGGCUCCUAAAAUGAAAUAAAUGGGCAGGACAUCUAUUAGAUCAUUUAUGGUAUUUAGUAACCAGUAUUUGUUUCCUCAAGGAAUACAAAACUACAGCUGGGCACAGGAAGUGUUCACUGCCAUGACAAGGCAUUGUGACAAAACAGUAGUUCUUCGCGUGGCAUGUCAGGCACUGAAAGAGCUGAUUAAUGUCUACCCGGAGGUGCUUGACAGGGUCGGCGAUGAACCUGAUGAUGACACUCUUCCUCUGCAUCGCUGCUGUAUGGCUGCACUAAUGAUGCACUUGGAUCACCCAGAGCUGUGCCAGGAUACCUGCCAAGUCUUGGCAUCCAUUGUCAAUUGUUCUAGUUCUCUACGCGAGGUAUUGACAAAUUAAAAUUAUUCAGUAGUCUAACCUCAACUUUUUUCAAAAUUGACUGUGGUAACCUGAAAUAAUAUUUUAAAAUGUUUGCCAGACAGUAGAUAAUGGUCAUCAGAAAAAAGGAAAAAAGAGGUUUUAUAAAUGUAUAUCUCAUAAGUGGUAGAACAAAAAUUAUCAACAUGGCUGUCCAACUAAUAUGCAAUCAAAUUUGAAGGCAAACGCGAAGGGUGAAAAAGAAAAUUGUAAAGAAAAUGGAGCAUAUAUGAUAUCCCAUGCUCUCACACUAACUAAAGAAAGACCAUAAACACUAAGUCAUAAAAACAUUACAGCUUAGCACAUUUAUAUCACUGAACACACAUCGCCAAAUUGGCGACUUUCACUCCAAUUUUAGUAACCAUUUUUUUUCUACUUACCUUGGAAACUAAAACAGUGGCAACUUUAGAGUGUUGUUGUCCUCUGCAUUAGUCAUCAUGCAAUUAUAAAAUAAUAGGCCUUUUGCAAUAGUUGGUCACUUAAUUUUGACCAACUUUCUGUAAACACAAAAACAUUUUUUUUUAUAAAAAAGGGAAUUUUGCAGGAACUGUAAUGUAAGUUUUCAGCUGUAUAUCUCCAAAGUUGUGAUUGCAAUGGCUGCUGAAAAUUAAAAGGAUUUGUGUGUGUAGAACGGCUCUUGGCACCCAGUUAAUCCUCUUGUAUAAUGGAACCUCGAUAUAAUAAAACUCUGUAUAGUAGACAGUAUUUCAAACUAUUUUUCAUCCCAGUAAUAGUAAAAUAUGGCGAAAAGAACCUCUGUCUAAUGAUACUGUGAUACAGCAAACGCAUUUUGCAAGAGUCUAGGCCUUUUGUUACAUUGAGUUUCCACCAUGGUACAAAAAAGUCCUCUUGAACUCAGAUCUACCGGUUUACUUGAUGGCUCUAUAUACUAAAAUAGUGUUCAAAAGUCAGUAGAUGUCAUAUUGUCUCUUUUAUGCUUUUAGUCAUUGAUUUCCAAAGGACUGCAUUUUCAUGUUAUCCGUGCAAUGAUACAUCAUGAAGAUGAGGCAGAGGUUCAGCGAUGGGGCUGCAAAGUGCUGCUUGGAUUGUCUCUUUCUGGCAGUGGUCAUAAGGAACUUAUGAUUCACGUUGGAGUAUUAUCUCUGGUCUUCAACUGCACUCAAAGGUACAAAUAACAUUUAUUAUUAAUAACUUGAAGCAAACAAAGAUUAAGGAGAUGCGUAGGAAGCAAGACUGAAGUUCAAAAUGAAAUUCAGGUUAGAAUGGUUUCUACCUUGCUCGAUUUUCAAUUUCCUUUUUCCCCAAACCCUAAUAAUAUUAUUCAUGAUUCUGAAGGAUGAAGAGACAAAAGAAAUUGAAAAUCAAACUACGUGUUAGCUGAAACCAUUUUAUUCUGGGCCGAGUUGUUCAAAGCUGGGUUAAGAUAACCCAGGGUUAGUGCGAGGUUUGAAUUAAGAUUGAAAGCUUAAAAAGCAAUUCAGUUUUAAUUCUUUUUGUCCACAAGUUGAUGAUUGAAAGCUCUAAAAAUAAGAGAGAAAAUUAUCCGAGAAAAUGCUUUUGAACACAAGAAAAACAAACCAGGGUUAAAUUUAACCCCGGGUUAAGCGCUAAUUGGCCUUCGAACAACUGGGCCCUGAAUUUCAUUUUGAACUGCAACAUCCAUGACAUAAUCUCAUUCGUCCAGUGGCUUACUCCUUAAGGGAAAAUUAUGUAUUUUUACUGAUUUCUUUUGAGUAUGUAAGACCUGAAAUAGAAUCAACGUGGGUAAGGUAAGGUAAGCAUAACAUCUUUGUUGAUUGGAAUUAUUUUUAAAAGCAAUAAAUACAGGUGUCAGUUACCUGUUUGUAACCUGUUUGGUUGCCGUGCAUUUCACCUGUUCAACAGAAAGCUGUAAGUGUGUGUUUUUGCGUGAGAGGUCACAGCACUAAUUUCUUUGUAAGAACUGAAAUGGAAUCAACUUGGUAAGGUACGCUUAACAUCCUUGUUGAAUGGAAUCUUUUUUUUUUUUUUUUUAAUAAAAACCAUCAAGUCGAUCAAAUAUCUCUUUAUUUGAGAUUAAUCUAAAUAUUCAAGAAGCUAACUAUCCUUGGAAGGAGCUAGAGACUGCAUUUUUACUGAUAGUAUUGUAAGUUACAGUCAAAACGUGAAUUUUUAAACUUUCAGUUUAAAACACGUUAUGUUUAGUUUAUAUUUUCUCCCUGAAAGGUUUGAAGAUAAAAUCCAUGUACAAGAGGAAGCUAUAGCACUGAUUGCUUGUUUAGCGACAGACAUUGAACUUGUCUGGCAUCAGUGCGCAGUUGAAGGAAUCCAUGACGUGAUUUUGAAGGCCAUGAGCACCUUUCCAGAUGAGAAGUCAUUGUCUGAGAUCUCAUUGGAGGCUUUGGGUAUGUCAAUUACUUGUUUACUUAUGACUGGCCUAGCCUAAAAAAACAGCACUGACAUUUCGAGACACCAUAGUUGGUUUCCCUACGAAAUAACACCUUAUGUGGAGAAAUUCCAUACUGAUCGCAGGUCACCACCCAGAUUUAGGUAGUCCUUUUGAUUGGUUGAAGCAAAUUUUAAACCAAUCAGAAGCACUACCCAUUUCUGGGUUGUGAAAUGUCAUCAGUAUAAUUAUAUAUAUGGAAUUUCUGUUUCUCAGACAUCAUUUCAAGGAGAAACCAGUGGUGACAUCAUAAAAUGAUCAGAGGGAUCAAUUUCAAUGUUUGGUGUGCAAGGCUAGCUGCCUUAGUCUUCUCUCUGGUAUUAAACAAUGAACAUCAUUUAAUCAUUUGGUGACUGUUAAUAAAAAAUUCUUUAUAACAGUCUUGACUUGUAAGUACACAUUAUCUUUGCCACUGUAGAAUGCACCAAUGGAAAGGAAGGCCCUUUAAGUUUUUUCAUCCAGUAGCCUCUUCAAGGCUGUUUUUUGCCAAAAUACACUUGGAUUGUAUGUUCUCCAGUGCAUGACCUUUCUCCUAAAAAAAACCCCAUUCUUGUGCACAGACCUAUCUUAGAAUAACAGCCAUCAUGACCUUGAUUCUUUCUCUGGGACAUUUUGCUGUAGUUUUUAAUUUAGGAAUUUCUUUUUUUUCCCUAGGUGUGCUUUCUGCGGCGCAGGAAAUUCCAGAACUGCUGGUUUCAAAAAGUUCUGAUCACAAUGGUGUGGAGACCAUUAUUAAUGCAAUGAGAAGGCAUAGUGCUGAGGUACCGAUACAACAGAAAGGUUGUAUUCUAAUUCAAGUGUUGGCGCCAUUGUUGUCUGAUGAUCAAUGCCAAAUGGCGGUAUCUGCCAUCAUUGAUGCCAUGUAUAAUUUUUCAAAGGACAGAAACGUGCAGGUGGAGGGUUGUGUGGCCAUGUUUGUCAUUGCUCAGAUUGAUACAGGAAAGAGCGAAAUGUUAGUGAACAAUGGCGCACAUGAAAGACUCUUCUCCAUACUGGAAGAAUUUGAUGAGGACCCAGAAUUGGUGUAUUUGGCCGGUGAAUGCAUUUGGUAUCUUGGCUGGGAACGGGAUCUGAAGCAGUCGAUGUUGCUGUCAGCAUGCGCUGAUGGACUUUUGAAAGGAGCCGACUGUUUGAUAAGAAAAGGAGCUGAUGUUAAUGCUGGUAAUGGAGUAAAAACUCCUCUUUUCCGUGCUUGCGAGAAUGAAAGGGAAGAAAUGGUGAAGUUUCUGUUAACUCAGGGAAUAACAGAUGUGCAAUCUGCCCUCACACUUUCACUUGAAAUGGGUUAUGGCAAUAUUGUGGGUCUACUUCUUCAACAUCUUGGUCAUGACAAAAAAGCUGGAAUCAUCGCUUUUAGUGGCCUCAAUCUGGGCAAUUUGGAACCGGCAUGGAUAUCACCUUCUCUUACUGGCCACAAAUACUCUCCUCCAGUCCUUGGUGCUGGCUGGACUGAUCAUCUUGAAGACGCACAGAAAGCAAUGCAGUUCAGAGCGCGUUUGAGUAGAAUGUUGUCAAGUGAAGAUUCGGAAGAUGCCCUCAACGAUUCGUGGAGCCCUAGUGAAGCUGAUUUGGAUUUGGGACUUGUGAGCAACACUUCAGAGGGAGUAUUUAAGUCGUCUAGCCUUGAGUCCAUCCAUGACUCGGAUUCAGAUGAUCCAUGCUCUGACAAAGAGUUGAGUGUUCCAGAGUUAACUAACGAGACUCCUGUACGAUCUAGAAGUAUCAGUGGAGCAACCUUCCCUUUCAGUUCGCUUGAUCCCCGCGUCGUGUCACCCUACUCAGAAAAGAACAAAGUCAUUUUACCUAGAAGUGCACACAGUAGGUCAUUUGAUGAGCAACUGCCUGGUGUCCAAAGGCCAACAGUACAAAGACGCGCCAUCAGUGAUGUUACCCCACCCUUUGCUAACCAAGACCCUUUUUUGUGUGUGCCUAGUACGAGUACGGAUCCAGUACACCGAAGUUCAAGUCCCAGGCUAGCUGAGGGAAUCCCUGAGUAUGACGAAGAUGUCCAAGUUGGUGCCUUCAGGAUGCCAGUUCGUAGCUAUGUCUACAGGUGGGAGAACUUCAGAGAAACUCAAUCAUUAAGUGGCAGCUAUGACAGUGCCAAUUUUUGGCCUCUUGGGAGAAGAACAAGUUGUGACUUUGGGUCGCGACAAAGGAGAAAGCAGUCAAUCCAAGCCAUUCCUGCAAAUCCAACAGUUCGAUUUAUUGACAUUUCUGGUAAUAACAUAGAAACCCUGGACACGAUUGCAAAUGCAACAGAUGAACUUCUUGCAUAUCUAGCCAAAGUUGAAAAGCUAGAUCUCAGUCGCAACCAGCUGUCACGUGUCCCAGUUGAUUUAUGUGAGGCAAUGCCUAUUUUGGAUUGUGUAAAUUUAAGCCACAAUGCAUUUUCAGUGUUUCCUUACUGUCUUGUUGAGAAGGCAGAUGGUCCGAAAGUCAGAGUUUUAAAUCUGUCACACAACAAGAUAAACUUGGUGUCACAUCCUCCGAAGGAGAACCCAGAGGAGAACUGGGAAUAUACGGUAUGGCUUGAGAGCUUAAACUUGUCGCACAAUGAAUGCAGCUAUCUUCCAAAGUGGUUGGGGAAUUGUUUCCCUGCCCUAACCCACCUGUACCUGGUGGGAAAUGACAUCAAGAAUCUGCCAGAUUUACCUUUAAAAAUGUGGAGACUUAAAACAUUAGACCUGUCAAAUAAUAACCUGACAGAGAUUCCAGCUCAAUUCUUGCAGGAAUUUUUCUCUUUAGAAGCACUCGUGGCUUCAAAUAAUUGUCUCACUUCGUUGCCUGAAAAGAUCGCUUCUUCUUUGACAAAUUUAAAGACUGUUCGACUAAACAACAACAAUCUCGGCGAGUCGAAGUCGCUGAAGAAUCAGUUUUCAGUCCCACGUUUUCUUCUUGCCCUUCCCAAUUUGAAAGUUCUGGACCUUUCCAGCAAUAGUAUGGAAGACAUUCCACCUCCAAUCUCUUGGUCUACACAGCAACUGAAGGAACUUGUGCUCGCCGAUAACAAGAUACGAAAGCUGUCUCUGAAUGGUGUGGAAAAGUGGGAUUUUCUCGAGAGGCUCAUCCUAAGUGGUAACAACUUGAAGCAAGUGCCCAAAAGGAUUGGUGAGCUGACAUCACUUACUUCGCUAGAUUUGAGCCGCAACACAGGAAUCACGCAUUUGCCAGAUGAAAUGGGAAGGUUGACUAAUCUAUGGGAUCUUCAGUUGGUUGGCCUUAAGCUUGAUUUGGAUUCAGCUAUUCUAGAGAGCAAGGCUCAGGAGCUCAUCGAGUUCCUUCAUUCCAAGCUUAAAAAUUCAAUACCAUAUUACCGUAUGAAACUGGUGGCUGUUGGCCGGGCUGGUGUCGGAAAAACAACCUUGUUGAACCAGUUGCAAGACCUGGAUGGUGCGCCAAGACCACAUCGUGACAUCGAAGUCAGAGACUGGGUCGUCAGAGACCACAAAGCAGAGUGUAAGACAUGUUACAGGAAAGGUGUGAGCUAUGUCAUUUCCACGUGGGACUUCAAAGGCCGAGACGACUUGCACAGUGCUUUUCAGUGCCUCCUGUCAGUGCGCUCUUUGUUUCUGGUGAUUUAUGAUGUUAGCAAGGGUGUCAGGGAGAUCGAUGCACUCAGACCAUGGCUACUCGACAUAAACGCGCAUGCCCCAGAUGCAUCAGUCAUGCUUGUGGGUACUCACAAAGAUAAAAUUCCAAGGGAUCAGGUUGAUCGCUGGCUAAACGAGAUCAAAAACCGAGCCCUAAGCGUUUGUGCUGGUCCUGGCUUCCCCCAAGUCAAGAUUCAUGUCGUGCUGGACUGCACGCAGGAGACGUCUGGAGUCGAAACGCUGCGGCGGAGGAUUAUGCAGCUCAUUACAAGAUGCACGUGCAAGGGUCAUGCCUUGAUUGGGCCGAUAGUGCCAGAGAAUUUUAUCCACCUUCAGGAGAUGAUUUUGAGCCACGUUCCAGAACGUGAGCUGCCCAUCUUUAGAAUGACCAAAAUACGUAAGCUUAUUCAGGAGAACAGGUUAAUUAUGGAUGAUGUUGAGAUUGAGCAGGCCAUCAGAUUCAUGAGCGAAGCAGGUGAGCUCUCUCGUAUCCUGCGAGCAAGCUCUUCAAUUAUGGCGAGUGAAGAGAGCUGAGACAGACUGAGCGAGCGAGCGGCGAAGCCGCGAGGGGCGUCUCCUUUCAUGUGCGGCUCUCGCGUGACUUCUCGCGACUCCCCCAAAUGGAGAGCUUGCUUGUAGGCUAGGUUUCUCGGAAAACCUCAUGUUGUAAUGCACAUAGGUCAAAUUCAAGCACCAUAUUCUCUUAUUCUGUGCGGCUCUUUUGUGAAAUACGUUGUCUUGUUUUGUUACCCCUCCAAUCUUCCACAGUACCUGCAUUGUAGAUUUUCUAAGUUUAUUUUUGGUGUCUACCAGGAGUGCUUGUCCAUAUUGAUGAUCCAGCCUGCCAGUUAAACGAUCUUCUUUUCGUUGACCCCAAGUGGCUGUUCCAUCUACUGGCUGAUGUAGUGACAAGAAGGUACAGUAAAAACACCAAUGCCAUCCUUAAACGGGAAGAGCUGGAGGAAGCACUGAUUCACGAUGGAAACGGAGAAACGAGACUGCCUUCAGAGUUGAUACCAGAAAUGAUCCGGUAAGCACCCCUGCAAAGUUUCAAAUAACAGUUGGUCAUUGGAAAAUGUCCGGCUAAAGUUGGCUUGUGCCCCCACGAGAUUUUAACCGUGGUCGGAGAUGCUGUCCGGAGUAAGUUAAAGGAGCUGUGUCACGAAAUUCAGCCAAAUUAGGACAUUACAAAAUGCUCGUUAAAUUAAGAGAAUCAUAAAAAUAACCGCUUAAAACUUAAAAGGAAGGUUAAAAUAACACAACAGAAACAAUAGAUGCCACGGAUGGGCAAAACUGAAGAAGAUUGAAACGGGUUGAAAUUAGGGUUUUUGAAAACUGUUAAUGCUUGCAACUUCAAAAAUAAUGCUCAGGAGACGUAUUUGUUUGUCACGGAUCUCUGAUUUUGUCAUUGACAUGUAAUUUCUUUCCUUACUUUAAGGGCGAGUGAUUGGCAAAAUUCAACAAAAUGAACUGGACUGCCGUGACACAGCCCCUUUAAUAGGGAGCUUAAACAAAGACGUUUUAGAGCGACGCACGUCAACCGGAAGUAGACUGUUUACAUUCUUGGGUACAGAUUUUGCCCAAAUUUUUGUUCAGUUAAAAAAAGAAGUUUGGAAGAAGAAAUUUGGUUGCGUCAAGGCAUAUUAGAGAGCUUUAGAUUCCAUGACGAGGACGACUACAAGGCUACAAAGUUUUCUCGCCUGUUCUCUAAAAAUAGACACCCCGGAAAGCUUCAUUGUACUUUUUUUUUUCACCACAAAAAUUAGCACGCUUGCUUCCGUUGAAGGAGGUAAGCCCCCUCCCGAUAGCUAAAUUAUAACAUUUCUAACAUUUGAUAACUUGUUUUCGCCACUACGACAUUCUUGCUAAAACUCGUAGUAGAAUGACGACGGCUACCGCAUUUUCCGCCAAAAUGACGUUGGUUCGCGCGCGCUCACCACUUAGUAUUGGGAAAAUCUCGUUCUCGUAGUCGUCCUCUUCUCAGAAUCUAAAGCUCUCUACUGCGGCGGUCAAAAACGCCUUUGCUUAACAUCCCUAUUAUCUGUUGUCUUACAACGUUUCCUUGUUCUCAGGCUUCUUCAAUACUACUGUAUUGCUCUGCCACUAAGAGACAACACCUACCUCUUACCAUCGUUGCUCAGCACUAAGCAGCCGCCAUUAAGGAUGCCGCAGACAGAUGCUCGGGCAUUAGUGCACCGCCUCUACAAGCUGGCCUAUCUACCUCCAAGUUUCUGGCCGCGUCUCAUCACCAGAGUUCAAACCUUUGUGAUCAACUUGUACGCAGAGCAUAAAGCCGUUCUUGAAAGUCCACGAGAACCACAGGUUACCCAAUGGAGUGAAGGGAUUCAUGUUUACUGGUCAGACCAAGCCUUCUUUGUUAUCUGCCAUGGUUUGAUCAGGCCUCAACAAGACACUGUCCAGAUUACAACUCCAAAAACAAAGCAUGGGGCCAGAAUUCUUUCCCAUGUGGUGGAUCAUUUGGAUUCUUUGUUCGAGGAGUGGUUUUCAGACUUAUGGUGUAAGUGUUUUCGGGGUUUUAAUUUCAGUUCAGUGGACUAGUUGGUAGAUGCGGAUGUUAAACAUGCAGAAUGUGAAAGUUCGAUUUGGAUGAAAAUCAUUGUAGUUUCAAAAAAACCGCAGAACUUGUCAGUGUAGGCUGUUUACACAAGUAACUUGCCGUAAAUUCUCUGUUAAGCCCCUAGUCUGCUACACAGCCGUUGUAAGUGUCGUCACGCAACGCUCCUCCCUACAAACUAGUGGGGAGGAGCGUUGCGUGCCGACUCUAAAAACGGCUGUGUAGCAGACUAUUAAGCCCCCUGCUAGUAGCAGAGAAGGCGAAAGAUUGUUGUCAAGGCGCUCCAAUUCCUCUUUAAAUGAGUGGAAUGACUGUCUCACACAGAUACUGCACCUAAUAGGGUGCAGUGACGCUCAGUACUAAAGGUCUGUGAUCGAUGAUACCGUUUGAAUGAAUGCAGUCUUUCUUUAAUUAGUUUGAUUGUAAAAGUAAAGGUUUUAGAGGAGAGGGGGAUUAAUUUUCGUCCCCUCUUAAUGGAAGCUUUACGGUAGUGUGAUCUAAAGUGAUAUCGUUUGCAAAUCGAUUUUGUAAGUGAUUUUCACGCGCGCUCGCGUUUCGCUCGCUUUACUAUUCCUGAGGAAAAAUGGAGGACUACUCGUAGUCUAAGGGGACCCAGGUAUACAACAUCGAUUUGCAAACGAUAUCACUUUAGAUCACACUACCGUAAAGCUUCCAUUAAGAGGGGAUGAAAAUUAAUCCCCCUCUCCUCUAAGACCAGGGUCAAAAGCUUGGGCUUUGUCUGUAGUCCCUCAUUUUUCUCUCUCCCCGCCGCGUGUCACCUUUUCUCGCGUAGGGUGAUUUUCACGCGCGCUCGCGUUUCGCUCGCUGUACUAUUCCUGAGGAAAAAUGGGGGACUACUCGUAGUCUAGGGUCGCCUUGAGACAUGCACCUCUUUUCCUCUAAGUUGACAUUUCUUAUUUUGCAAGCAUUUGUUUCCUAGGUUUACGGUCGUCCAGCUUAUUCCAAUUUUAUAUUCGACCCAAAAACAAAUCUGUCGAUCAUAAUCGACGGUCCUUGUGUCAAACGUCUUAUGCUCUUGAUAAUACAAAUAUUAAUAUUACAUGUAUAGGUUAUGUGAAUUUAUAAAAUAACUAAGAUAGUACGCGCGCUCUGAUUGGCUAAAAACCUAUGGUUUAUUGUGCCGGUAAACUGCCGGUAAACCCAUAGAAAGUGUGGUCUAUUGCUUAAGUAAACUUUGACAGUUGAGAGGCAGAAACGUUUCACAACCACCAGUCAUUUCUUUUAAAUAUGAAAAUAAGGUAACGGUUACAACAUUCCCGUUCGUGAAGGUUCAAAACAGUGGUAUUAAAAUGGUCAUUUAAAUGCGUCGCAUUUGUUUAUUCACUUAUCUUACCCGCGCACUAAUAGGCCAUUUCCGAGUUCCAAACAUUCUCAUUUUCAAAACCCUUCCAGUGAAAUGAGUUUUAUAUGCAUGAAGAUAAAAAAUCAUUUCCAUAUCAAUGGCUUCGCAAUUAGCCUCGCCUUGAAACAGAGGCAUUGGGUAGCCCUGAAGUGGUCCAUUGUAUUAUCAGUGUCUUUUGCAUGACUUUGAUAUUACGGUUACACAAUUAUUCUUUCAGGCGGUGUGGAUCCCCAAGACGGCCGUCCGCUUGUCCGAAAGGAGGCUCUGUGCCCUUUCUGCCAAGGUGAUAAAGCUCAUGCUUUCUCUUUGGAGUCCAUAUCCCAGUCAACCGCAGACGAGUAUGUAAUGUGUCCAAACACCAAGUUACUGGUCGACAUGAGACAAAUAGCACCAGAUGUUGUCAUGGAAGAUGUUGGAGAACAGUUCAGAAUUGAGGAUAGCAAAUUGGUGCUGGAUAUAGCUAGAUAUAGUUCGUCGAAGCUUGGUGAUGGCGCUUUCGGGGCGGUGUACAGGGCAUUUUACGAUGGAAAGAGCGUUGCUGCUAAGGUGUGUAAAUAAUUUUCAAUUCUAGGUUCUGCGUCAGUUAAGGGUCUCUUUAGGAGAUACAAUAAAGUUCAGAUAUAAUGCCCACUGUGAUUGGCUGAAAAAGCGUGUUUUUGAGACUAUAAAACAGGAAGCUAAAGCUGUGUCUAGUCUUCAUCCAUCUGCCAAUAGUUUGUUUUGAAAAUUAGAAAGUAAUGCGUGGGAAAAUUAACGGAGUCUUUAUCAUAACACGAAUAAAGAAACCUUGUCUGUGCUCUGUUCUGUUGUACAGCACUUAGAAAGCGGCUAGAGCAAUAGAGAUGUAGGAAGAAACACUCAACUUCGUCUCGUUUUUCCCACUUUUUUUUUUCUUUCGUGCUCUAACCUCUUCUUAAGUGCUUUACAACGGAACAGAGCACAAGGCCUCUUUGUUUGCUAAUGUAGGCCCUCAAUGUAGCUGUCCAAACUCUUGUUGAGUAAAUCAUCUCAACGUUCCAGAGCACUGAUUCACCUCAAGACAAGCUAAACCUAAGUAGACCCCUUUAAUGAGACUGCUAAAGAACACGCAUCUGAAGCUUUUAUUUGCUUUCGUCAGUCACCUUUCCAAAGCACGGGCAUUUUUUAUUGCGGGCGACAGGAGGAGCCCACAAUCCUAAUCUCCAGGUUGCUAUUACGAAGCAUCGCAAGUAUGUAGCCAGCGUUCGUUUGGACUUCCACUAAGAAUGAAUGGAAUGAAGAGAACGCAAUUUGAUCCCGCGCGUUUCCAACUUGUACCCCUCGUUAUCUAGACUACGAGUAGUCCCCCAUUUUCCCUCAGGGAUAGUAGGGCGAGCGACACCUUUUCUCGCGUGGGGUGAUUUUCACGCGCGCUCGCGUUUCGCUCGCCCUACUAUCCCUGAGAGAAAAUGGGGGACUACUCGUAGUCUACUCGUUAUCUGAUCAGGCGUGUUUUGACCAUCUGACACAUGAAACCUACGCAAAGCACAGCGUUGGAGCAAAAGAGGUUUGACCUUCGAUCGUUGUUGCCCGCACUCUGUAACCUUUGGUUAUUACUAGUUUUCUAAGAAAACAUCUUACUAUUUUUUAAGCCAGAUACUGUCAUUGAAAGACCGCCUCACUGACCAUAGAGUUCCAGUAGCGAUGAGCAUAAAGUUUGUUUUUGAAUUAUGAAAUCACGAGCAAGCGGUUAGACCACCUUAAUCCGAUUCUUGAACGACGUGAACAUUUUUCCCCAGCCGUUACUAUAAAAAAGACGUCAACCGUCUUCAAAAUAGGAUCCCCCAUUGUAGAAGGCACCUCUUGGGACGUUUGUACUUUAAAAUCUUCCUCUCUUAACUUUUCACUAACAUAUCAAGUUAUGCGUCGCAAAUUUAUAUGCCACACUAAAUUUCCCAUCUGUGGACCAAAUCCCAUUGUUUUACCAUUCAAAUGAAACCUCUGUGGCCGAACUGUUGUAUAGUUCAAGGUACUUUUUAUGACUUUACAAAAAGAAAUUUGAACUUUUUGACUUCUAUAAAAAUUUUCUUUAGGUGUUUCAUUGCAAAAAUGAGACUAUUCCUCACCGAUUGUUACGUCAGGAAGUCAUGUUCUUGCGCAAUUUACGUCAUCCAAGUAUCAUUAACAUGGUAGGAGCGUGCAUGAAGCCCUGGGCACUGAUUAUGGAGUUGGCGCCGCUUGGGUCUUUGAGUUCGUUGCUAAACAAUGGUCAGGCUCUGAGCAGAGGGAUCCAACACAGAAUCGCGUUGCAGGUACUGUCCGUGAAUAUAGCGAGGCUUAAAAUAGAUAGAUCAGCUGUUCACUUCCUUACUUUUGCCCGAUUUUAAUGAAGGUUUACCCGUAUAUGGAGCUUCUGAAUCUGAUCUUAAUAUUAUACAGAACUUUUUAGAUAGAUGUCAUAAACGCCGUUUUAUUUCUUACCCCGUUUCAAUUGAGGAUCUAUUAAAGAAGCAAGACUGUAAAAUUUCUAAGAAAAUAACUUCUAUAAGUAAUUACCCGCUAGCUCCAUAUAUUCCUUCAAGGAAAGUCUGUUCUUAUAAUCUCCGUAAAAAAUGAAUGUGCCCGUCCUAAAAUUAAUACUGAGUGUUUCAUAUCUGCCUUUGUAAAUAGAGUAAUAUUCAAACACAACCUUAGUACAGGAUAGUUAGGAUUCUAUGAUUACUUUAUUUAUUUUAUUAUGUUUUACUCCAUAUUCAUAAACAGUUGUAACAUAGGAUAUGUAUCUUUAUGUUGCGAGAAAUUAAGACCCAUUAUUAUUGUUAUCAUUGUUAUUAUUAUUAUUAUUAUUAUUAUUAUUAUUAUUAUUAUUAUUAUUAUUAUUAUUAUUAUUAUUAUUAUUAUCAUCAUCAUCAUCAUCAUCAUCAAAGGCGGUAGUCAAUGAAAACAUGCCAUUUAAUUACUGGGAAAUAUUUGUGUUUUUUAGUAGGACUAUACGCCUAUUAGGAAGUUAACCCUUUGACGGCCGUGCCGGCCAAAACCGGUCGUACAAGACUACUCUGCUUUAAAACAUUGCAACUUUCUCAAUCGCGCGAACAUUGCCUUAACUGUCAGUACAAUAUCCUUCAAAUCGCUUCUUGUAAAAUAUCACCUUUUGAAUUGGACAAGAACACUGAAAAAUGAAAAACAGAAAUCAUCCGUGAUCGUUGCAAAACCAAAAGUCAACAUUCACGGUAAAAUUCAGUCGUUGUUCUUGCUUAGAAGUGACUUUUUUUGUUCUUAUUCGUUUCCCGGGCCGAGCUACAGCCUUUUAUUCUAGUGCAUCCUGGCCUUGCCGCGAUUUUCAUAUUUAGACUAAGUCCACGGCCACUCCGACCUACCACAGAAAUUUCGCGCUUGUUGUGAGUUUCAGUGGUCGCAAAUUCCAAGAUAUGCCGUGGUAGGUCAAGAAAUUCAUCAGUAGUCGAGUCCCAAAGCGACUUCGUUUCGGAGCCGCCAUUUCUUCAGUUCCACGAGCAACAAGCCAAAUUCGCAAACGAAGUACAUCGCCUUACUCACUUCUUUGAGAAAGGGGACUCUUAGCUACCGUCAGGCUUAAUGAUGCCCAUCAGGCAGCCACUAAUCGCAUACAAACCAUACUUGAGCCGUUAUUUUAGCACAACGAAGCAAAAUAAGUACGUCAGAAUGACGUUUUCAGAAAACAUGAGCCUGCAGUGACUUACAUUUUAAAACCAGCAUCUCUGCACCUUAAGCAAAAGAGCUCUCUUGAUUGUUAGACAACCUUUUUCCUAUUCAUUUAUCAAAUUGCCCGUGAUCAUACUUUUCUUUACUUCAGGUAGCAGAAGGCGUGGCGUUUUUGCAUCGUCACCUGAUCGUCUACCGCGAUUUGAAGCCACACAACAUUCUCAUAUUCACCCUGUCCCUUGGAAACUUGAUCAACGCCAAGAUUGCGGAUUAUGGCAUUGCUCGCUAUGCCACUCUCUGUGGCCUUAAAUCGACUGAAGGUAUCGUCCCUUUUCUGUGAUUGGGCACAAGAACUGAAGACCCUAAGAACCUGUAAGAAUUUGAAAAAGGUUCUUAUUUUCUUAAAAAGGCUCUUAUUUUCUUAAAAUCUAUAAUAACAAAUUCUGUACACUUGGGCAAAUAAGAUAACUCAACUUUCAGGAUCCUCUUUGGAAACAUAAGUGCCUUAUCACCCCAACUGCAGUGUAAUAGUAUGCAUAUUUUAUGUAAGGAAUAAGCUGAAUAACACUCAAUACUAUUAGUUACAAUCUAUUCUUUUUCUUCAGAAAAUUAGAACCUUUUUAAGAACCUGAAUAGCCUAACUUUUAUUUCGUGCAAUUUUGUGUAAGAACCUAUUUAGAUUAAUUUGGGAAAAUGCGGGUUCUUACUCGGAGGGUUUUUUCUGUAUCCUUGUGUAUCCCAAUAACCUGUGAACAGGUUGUUGUCCCUCCCCCUUCUAAUGUUGGCCUCGAACUUGGACAAUUCCACGUAAAAACCAUAUUACAAAACAACAUAAGAAGAGAGAAAGACGGGUAUCAUAGCAGUGUGACACAAGUUGGUUGUCCCUGAUUGUACUAGAGCUUCGUUCUAUACCCGACAUGAGAUAUAACAUGCCAGAAUCGAAAGCACGAGGAAAACAACAGGAAAAUUUUUAUCUUCAUCUGAAAAAAUAGCCGAUGUUUUGCGAGGCUAUCACUGGUUUCCCCGCGAAACGACGUCUGGGAAGACGAGUGCAGAAAUCCCAUACUGAUGACGCUUGUGCUUGUGCUAGCGUCUAGGCGGCUUUCUCUUGAGAAAUGAACAGUCUCAUGCUUGUCUUUGGGCUUGCGUCUUACGUGGAAACCAAGUUUUCGUUUUGAUAAUAUCGUUGAAUUCAUAAGUGUUAGUCUAGAGCUAAAACAGAUGCCCCAUGUAAUUAAUGUGAAUGCAAUGAUCAUUACUUCAAUUCAUUCACAUUCGUGGCUCGUACAUGAUAAUUUAAAAUACUUUUACUACAUUUAUUGCUUGCUAGGGAACAUGUAAACCAGUACACUAAGCUGCUCCAGUGAUGGCUCAUUUGAUUGUGCAAAGCACCGGUAACGCGCGCGGAGGUCUUAGGUUCGAAUCUCGCCAAAGCCAAUAAUUUCGUACAGGCUUUUUUUGGCGAUAAACAAAAAAAUGCCUUCGAACUGCGAUGAUCCUUCUCGAAUUGCAAUAUUACAGCGCAUAAAAACGUUACGAUACGACAAUCUUGAUUACGUUUUUUUUACUUCGGCUGUUCUCAAUAUAACAGGUACACCAGGAUACCGAGCCCCCGAAGUGGCCCGAGGUGACAUCGCCUACAACACAGAGGUGGAUAUGUACUCUUUCGGCAUGUUUCUUUAUGAGCUUGUUACGGGCGGUACCAGGCCAUUUGAGGACCUGCGCUUCCGGCACGAGCUGGACGCGGCCGUGUUGAAAGGUCGAGCACUGGAUCCCAUCACUUGUUCACCUUCCUGUGCCCCGUGGCCGGAUGUAGCAGAUCUUAUUGCACACUGUCUUGAGCCUCACCCGAAUAGGCGAGCGACUGCUGAACAGGUAACCGCCAGCUGCUUCACUCUAGCGGCUCUUUACUCCAAGGAAUUGACAAUAGAGAGAUUUUAAAUCACGUUUAUGGCGUGGUCUGUUUUAAAGAAGAGCCCAGUAUGGGAAAGUCGAUUCUAACGACAAAGCUAAAAAAAAAAAACAGGAAAUGUUGACGUUGACUUGGAGAAGUGCUCAUUAAAAUUAAAGCGAAUUAACGUCCAAAACGGGUUUAUCUCUGACCACAGGCACAAAGGUAUUUAGUGCACUGCCAUAGUACCUCCGAACAAAGGGGCCGUUUUGAUAGAGUUAGGGAUGUAAAGUGGAUAGCUUUCUCGCAAGAAAAAUACGUAAGAGGACAAAGUGAACGAAAGUACGCCGUUUACAGCGACGUGUGAAUUGUUUUGUGUUAUUCAGAUAAGUUUAGCGGGAAGGCAGCUCUUUUUUGCAGGAUGUUGCAAAAAUGUUUCACCAAUUUAUAGAUUACUGUUUCUAAUUUAUAGAUUAUUGUUUCUUGUUGUUCCUUAAGGCGUAUUCUCGUUUGUGUGACCCUGAGCUCAUAUGUCUCAAGCGUGAUAUUGCAGUGUGCAAAGGACAGACAGUGGAGUGCAUGGCUGUUCGACACUUUCUUGAAAAUGGUGCAGCGAAAGUGGAAGUGUGGAUGGGCAGUGGACAGUCAGAUAGCGUGAAUGCGCAAGUUACAAUCGUCGAUCUCUCCGAGAAAGGAGUCGAGGUACAGUCCAACGAAAAGCCUGCGAAUACAGCCCUCUCUCCUCGUUCCUCGUCGCAAGGAACGUUUCGUCGUCUUUCCUGCCGCGAGGAGAGAGGAGAGACGGCUGUAUUUAUAUACCUCCACGGUGAUUGGUUGAAAAAUCUCGCCCCAUUUUCUCAACCAAUCAGAAUUGGAGCCAAAACCAAUCUUGACUUGCUUACUGGCAUUCUCACUGACGCAUUCUCUCGAUUAAUUCGAGAUGUGAUUGGUUAAGUCGUUAAGUUGUGUUGUUGUUUGCAAUACAAAUGACUUCGCCGGGUUGUGUUAUAGUUUAGUUUUAGAUGUUUAUUCAGUUUUUUGCUUAAUUUUUUCAUUAUGUCCUUAAAAUGGGAUUUUUUUUAAGCUUGGUAAGCUCUAAAAACUGUUGGUAGGAAAGCGAAUUUAGUCAGUUGUGUGCAAUAGACUGUUGAUUGGAAUUUUUAACUCACUAUUUAGCCUCUUUGUUCUUUUUCCCCAGGGCUGCACGGGCACAUUCGUCAAAGACAGACGAGUGAAGAGCAUCGUAGCAGUGGAUAGCGAUAUUGUCCUAGCUGGUACACAGUCGGGCAAGAUUUGGGUGUUUGACGCCGUCAACCACAAAUGCAUGUUCUCCCAACCUGAGCUUCCUCACGCAGUCCUUUGUCUUAGGCACUACAAGGAGCAAUGUAGUGGCGUGAAUUUAGUGCUCGCUGGGCUAGCCAACGGAAAGCUUGCGGUGUAUGAUGCUAAAGGUGUCAAGAUGGAGGAAGCGCAACCGAAGCUUUACGAUUUGUGUUGCAGUAGGUUCGAAGAUGCCUCCUGCCAUGAGUGUAAAAUACAUCCAGUGGCUUGUACGGCUGUUGGGAAGAAGAGGUUAUUCUGCGGCUGCGGUAACGAAGUAGUUGUUCUCAAAGUCAAUGAAGCUGGCGAGUUAGAAAUUGAGCGUCGAUGGACUGUCGAGGACAGACAUCAAGGGCUUGUUCUUAACAUUGCCGUGGGGUCUACUUAUGUGUGGACUUCGACUCGCGAUAGUCCUAUCAUAGAAUGCUGGGAUUUUUCCAAGGGCAAGUUUUUCAGUCAAGUGGAUUGCAUGGCUAUUCUCAAAGACGCUGGUUACGUUAGCGAUCCACGACAAACGCGAGUACUUAGCCUUCUUCUCUCGCACAAGACUCUGUGGGUUGGACUGGGUACUGGUCACGUGAUUCUUAUAGACCCUGCCACGCGGAAGCAGUUGAGCAUGAUUCACAGACACGUGUCCGCUGUGCGGUGCCUGUGCCUUGCGGACUCACGUAACCCAGAAUUAAGUGACCAGAAGACAUCUCUGAUGCUGUCAGGUGGUAUGGGUUUUAUUGAGAGACCCGGAUGCGAGCGGAAGAAACCUAACAACGAAUUUGGAUACGCAUUAGCUUGGGAGGCUGACUUCACGGAGCAGGCCAAAGACUUGGAGAGCCACAUUCGCAAGAGGCGUGAACUCACAGAAAAUAAUUAGAACUUUGUACUAAAAAGGCGUUCACUUUGAAAUGGUUGGAAAACGUGUGCGAUGGUCUUUACUGAAUAUAACCUGUAACCCCUUAUAAUGAUCGACAUGUAGAUUCGCCAUAGCAUACCACGGUUUAGUCAAAUAUUCACGGUAAGGGUUAAGCAAACUAUUUUUUUUUUCAACCAAAGUUGGGAUCAAAGUUUGAUUCCAAUUGUAACACUGGUUGCAAGUGGAAAAGUUAAUUCUUUGCUCUUUUUUUUUGUACACUGCUACAUCAUAAGUGUUGUUGUUGUGGGUUACAGAUCGGUUUCUUUUACUUCUUUGUUCUUUGGUUUGGGUAACUGUAAUUUCACGUUUCAUUAUUUUUAGCGGAACAGGUUUUCAUUUUCUUGCCAAAACUAUUUUAAAUUGUAUAGGAAGAGUUAAGUCAGUAUUGCCCUGGAGAGAUCUUUUAAUUGGCGAUUUUACGUCGUAUAUUUUGAGUUUUUGCAUCGGUUAUUCGGAUAAUUAUGAUGAUUUGAAGGCUUAUUUGUAUAAACGUGAUUUGUUGAAAGGUUCGAUUUGCAGAUCGUGUUAAAUGUUUUAGUCACAGUAUUAUUGUAAAUACUAGGAGAAAUAACUGUUGUACAAUUAGAACUGGUAAAAACGAGCAAUGCUACCUCCUUUAACAUAUGAGAAUGUAGAGAUUGUUUUGAAGUGAAACAACGAACUAAACGUAUUGUGAUUGGUUGACUUUGCGCAACUAAAACAAAGAUAUAUUUAUGACUAUUUUAAUUAAUCCAUAAAUCGGAAAGAAAUAGCCAAAGUUAGGCCAUUUGCUAAACAUUUUUGGAGACUUGAAAAUCCAUUCUCGACUACUGUGAUCAGAUUGGGUAGAAUAUUUAUGACAAAUUAAUAGCGUAGAAUCUGUAAAUUUUGCAAAUUUUAGGAUAAUCAUUUCCAAGAAAUAACUAUAUAGAUCGAGAGUAUGUAAAAGGUAGAAUUACUUGAAGU